CUCUUGCCAUGAACAUUAGCGCGAAGGUUACCAGAGUCCCCGACGACUUAUUCUGCUUCACAAAUGUUACCUUCGCUGUAGAAAACAUGCUCUUUUGCGUUCCUCGCCAGGUCUUUGAGCGGAGCUCAGAAGUUUUCCAGGACAUGUUCUCUAUGCCAUCAGGCAAUCAAAAUGUCGAGGGCAAAGAUGCAGAACAUCCUAUCAUCUUGGAGGAUGUGACUAGUUCCGACUUCAAGCAACUUUUGAGAGUGAUGUUCUCCAGGUCAGACCUAGACGGUCCUGAUACUACUCAACCCCUCACCUUCGACGAGUGGACCGGUGUUAUCCGGUUAACUCACAAGUGGGAAAUGCGAACACUGCAUCAGUCGGCUAUCAACAGUGCUAGCAAGAUGUCUGGCGUCGACCCUGUGCAAAAACUCUCUAUAGCUAUGGCAUACCACAUAGAGGAGUGGCUUCGCCCGGCGCUCAAUGGUAUUGCUUGUCGGAAAGAAACGCUUUCGCCGAGAGACGUCGAAAUCCUUGGCGUGGAUAUGGUCCUCAAGCUCGCUCGAGUCAGAGAGGACAGCUUGACCAGGGCUUGCUUGGGGAAAAGAAAAACGGAGGAUCGGGAUUUCGAGGUGACAGUUGAUAACGUGUUUGGCGACUUCUUGCCACAAAAGAAAAGGGACACUGACAGGCCACGGCUUCUCAUAUCGACCAGCGUUGGGAAUCGGAUGACAAGCUUUCCGGAUGGGCGCAGGCGACGUCUUCUGUGACACACGAUGGCUUGUAAUACUGAGUAGAAUGUCAUUUUUGUUUGCUUAUCCGUACUAUACUCUGAUUCUGAUUCAGAGUUGGCUGACGC